AUGAUGCAUAUACAUGCUGCACUUUGGGCUAUGUUAUUCUCCCUAAUUCAAGGUACACUGGAAGUGCAGCUGCUUCGAAAAAUCACUUUAGCAGGCGUCUCGUUAGUGAGGAUACAAAAAUACACAAAUGAAACAUUACCAUCAUUUCGGAAUAUCAGUAGUUAUUCAUUGGGAUUGGAUAUUCUUAUGAUGGCCGACUACUCGACAUUACAAGGGUUUAUUGAGAUGGCUGAUGGUGAUGCACGUGCCGGUCAAAUGUACACAAAUGAUUACUUAAGAGCGUUAUUCGAACAGGUGAACAUGAAUAUGAAAUUGAGAAAUAGGAUGUUGUUACGUUAG